GAGGAAGAAUUUAAAUGGCUUUUGCAAGAAGAAGUCCAUGCUGUUUUGAAACAGUUGCAGGAUAUUUUGAAGGAGGCCUCUCAGCGGUUCGCCCUGCCCGCAAGUGGCUCCGGAGGAGCCAUCAGACAGGAGAACUUUGUGCUGAGCACCUUGGGCACAGACCAGGUGAAAGGUGUGUUGACCCUGCAAGGAGACGCCCUGUGUCAAGCUGAUGUUAAUCUGAAAAUGCCCAGAAAUAAUCAGCUCCUGCACUUUGCAUUUCGGGAAGACAAGCAGUGGAAAUUGCAGCAGAUCCAGGAUGCUAGAAACCAUGUUAACCAGGCUAUUUACCUGCUUGUGAACAGAGAUGUGAACUACCAGUUCAAAACAGGCUUGGAGGUUCUCAAGCUGAUGGAUGCUGUGAUGUUGCAGCUCUCAAGAGCCCGAAAUCGGCUUACCACUCCAGCCACUCUGACUCUACCAGAGAUUGCCUCCAGUGGUCUCACAAAAAUGUUUACCCCUGCUCUGCCUCCAGACAUCCUUGUGAAUUUCUAUAUUAACCUGAAUAAGCUGUGUCUGACUGUCUACCAGCUCCACAUGCUGCAGCCCAGUACAACCAAGAACUUCAAGCCUGCUGGAGGGUCCAUUCUACACAACCCUGGAGCCAUGUUUGAGUUUGGCAACCAGCGGUAUGAAGUCAGCCACGUCCAUAAAGUGGAAUGUGUUGUCCCAUGGCUAAAUGAUGCCCUUGUCUUCUUCACAGUUUCACUGCAGCUUUGUCAGCAACUGAAGGACAAGAUCUGUGUUUUCUCCAGUUACUGGAACUACAGGCCAUAUUAAUUCUCUGUGGAGUGUCCAAGCCCUUACAGUACUUCAGGUGUCUCUCUGGUUUCAACAUGUCAGCUGAGUCCAGGUCAGCCUGAGGAGUGCUGUCAUAUGGCUCUCCAUGGGGUAGGGUCCGUGAAUCCAGAAACACAACUUCAGUAGCUGUGCCUGGGACUGCUGCAUAAGCAGGGCACCAAGCAAUGCUCUGUGGUUGGCAAGAGCUUCCACCUGUCUUUGUUCUCAUGUGUUGUGUGGCU